GCGUGCAGCUUGUCCGAGAGCUGGGAGGCCCGGUCCAGCAGGUCGCUGAGGCCGACAGCGUGGCAGCGCAGCGAGGAGCACAGCAGCAGCGUGACUGUGGGAGAGGAAGAGAGCACGGCGGGGCCUGGGGGCAAAGAGAGCAGAUCAGAGUGAAGAUGCCCGACCCCGGGAGCUCAGGCAGCGCAGGCAGCACCGACGCCCCAGUCCCUGCUGCGUGUCACACUAUCAAGGCAGACCUGGACAAAUGUGUAAAAGAGAAGGGCACUGAAGGCUGCAAGGAUCUGCUAGAAGCCUUCCACAGCUGCAUGAAGAGCACCACCCAGGCACCCUGAGGGCGGGGGAUGGCGCUGCCCGGCAGGAGACAAGCGACCAGCUCCACGCAGGCAAUCAGUGUGCAGUCCCUGAAUUAUUGUGUUUCUGUGUGUUUGGGGGCCUGUCCACAGGAAUGACAAGCCCAACUAUUAUGUUGAAGGUACAACCUGAAUACCCAAGGGGGGGGGGGUUACGUUCUCCACUGCAUUUCUCAGGAUUAGAGUUCAGCAUCAGCCUGCAUGUGACUGUUUCUGCUGUCCCCCUUCCAGACCCACUGCACUCAGUCUUCCACUUUCCCAGCAUUCCAUUCUCUGUUCCAUGGGACUGAACCAUCUUGAAACUUCAGUGAGGGGGCACAGACAGCAUAUGUUAUCUGUACACCACUGAGGUCCAGUUCAGUACAGGGAUCAUUCAUGUGGAUGGUUCACCUGACCAUGGAUAAGUGGAAUAAACCUUAUACCAGAGUAAUGGUUUCUGUUUGUGUUAUUUCAUUUUGCCAGUGAAGGAUUUGUGGCAAGUGCAUGAUAUGCAGGAGAACUCAAAGCCUUUCCCAUGAUAAUAUAUUUAAAGGGAUCGGUUUACAUACACAUGUAGGCACAGGCCUGGGCAGUGUGAUGCACUGUGCCAUGUUUUUGGAAAUUCGGGCCUCAUGUAUCAUGCAGGAAUAUGCGUGUGUUGAGUUCAUCCUCCCCCAGCAGUGCAAAGGUCAGACAUCACCAGUUGCUAAAGACACAGCAUACAUGUGGAGCCCCAUAGCCAUCUGACCUUAUGGCCAGGGGUGUCGGUUUGCUGCGGGGUGGAAUUCUGCUGAAGAGGACGGCGAUAUUUUAGUUUGUCAUACAAGUAACAGGGUGCAAGGGGAGAGGGGCGUCACCUAGGAGACACGUGGAACUUGAGCAGUACUGAAAGGCAAAGCACAGGGGUCUUAUAAAAGACUAUUGACCCAACAGAAACUGUCAAAUCUGAUGGUUUAAACUCCGGAAAAAAAUAUGUUUACAUUUUGGAAUUGCAUGCAAAUGUAAUGGUUAUACAAGCCAAUCUAAAUCAGUAGUGCAGUUUUCACAGUAAGGUGUAGAAACAGAUAAGAGGGCAGAUUAGAUAGAGGUCUACAAUCAAUCACGUACAGAAUAAAUUACUGAUCUUUUGCUAUGCAGUCAUAGCUGCUCCUCGGCACCGACGCCGUGCUGCCACCUUGUGUGGAAGCGCAGUACAGCAGGGAAAGCGCGCCCGGUAGCCGGGCAGAUAACAGCCCGCACCACACUCCCUGGCUAAAUGAAAAAGCAUUCACCCAGUCACCAGGGAGAUAUUCUUUUUAAAAUAAUAUAUAGUUUCUGCCAUCAGCUUUAGAGUAAACUAAUCAUGCGACAGCAGCACAGACAUACAACAAAUAUGCGCAAUAAGUCUGUUUUAUGGACAAAAGCAUUUCAGGAUCUAGUUCGGGAGGGCGGCAACAUGCCGCUUUUACACAAGUGUGUGCAGCUUUGCGGUCCCUUUGGACCAUUAGGGAAAUAAUUUUUAACAUAUACAAUAGCUACGGCUCAGGCUCCGCCCCGAGGUGUGCGAGAUGGGAAAAAUGAAAGCAACAAGACGGAAAAAGCUUGCAAUAUUACGAAAUAUCACAAGUUACCAAGCGACGUGAAGGGGAACAAGGUGUAAUGGGGGGGGGGGAGGAAGGCGUGUUGGGAUGAAAGGAAAAAGGGAGGAGGCUGGGGGAAGGAGGGAGAGGGACCCGGAUGCUGAUGCUGCUUGUGUCGGACGAGGAGGAGGAAGAGAGGAGAUACAAAAUAACAGUUUACGUGAAGAGAUAUCGGGAAGCAGGGGAGCGGCACACGGCACCUUCCGGAGCAUCAGCGGCUUUAGGAGGGCACCCGGGAGAGGAGCGCAUCGGGGAGGACGGAGAGAUAAAACGCUGUGACAUGGACACGCCGCUGGGAGGGGACGCCCGCUUCACCCGCGACAUUAAAGCCACGAAACGCAGAGCAGAUCCAGCGGCCGGUGUCGGAGAGGCACGAUUAGGCAGCGAAGCGCCGGGAGCGGAGCCGUACGGGCACGGCGAGGGCGGUGCGCUUUAAAGCCCUCCAUCCGCCUCUAAGCUGCGGGUCUGCAAGACACGACAACCGGCAUCCCAUACAAUAUAUACAUACAUAACACAAGACCUGUAUGUAUAUGAUAGUAGGGAUUGCCUGCACGCAUUUUGAUGAAGAUUGCAAUGAAAAGGUCGCGAUAGUCGGAUAGACAGCGGGGCAGGGAAGAGGGGGUGCAGCGAGACGGGCUGGUGUGCCCUCCUCUCUAUAUAACACCAGCGGAGCACUUAUACCGUUUAUGCGUGUGAUCAACCCGCUGACUCCACGCUGAAAUAUUUAACCCAUUACUCUUUGUAUUAAUAUUUAUUGCAUUAACGAAUCAUACUGCUUUUGGUGAUACUUCUCUGUGGUUAAUUUAGUAUUUCUGGUCCUAUUUAAACAACCCUGUCUGUUUCAUUAGCAUCUCUCAUACUCAUUGUAUCCUUUUCUCUAAUAAUUUCCCUUCGGUUACCCGAAAUUGAUGGAUUUUGACAUGGGACAUUACCCGAGGUCGCUCAUUUAAAAUAAAUGCGAAUAAUCGCAGAGUAACGUGGCUUCGUUGGAGCUGGCGUAUAGGCCACAGAUGACUGUCCGUUGGCCCUGUCCGUGUUCCCGUCCGUGUCCCUCCCCGUACUCCUGUAAUGCUCUCACAGCCUGACACACACACCGCUCCCCGGACGUAUGUAGCUAAUCAUCAGCAACGCAGUGGCAUUUGAUUAAACACGUCGCACCAUGUCCGCCAAGGAGCUGUCGGUGACUCUGUCGGCCCAGUACGUCGGGCCUUACCGCCUGGAGAAAACGCUGGGCAAAGGACAGACAGGCCUGGUGAAGCUGGGAAUUCACUGCAUCACAGGACAGAAGGUGGCCAUUAAGAUUGUGAACAGGGAGAAGCUGUCCGAGUCAGUGCUGAUGAAGGUGGAGAGGGAGAUCGCAAUUCUAAAGCUGAUAGAGCAUCCGCACGUGCUGAAACUGCAUGACGUCUAUGAGAAUAACAAAUACCUGUACCUUGUGCUGGAACACGUGUCUGGAGGAGAGCUCUUCGAUUACUUGGUGAAGAAGGGUCGACUCACGCCCAAAGAGGCUCGCAAAUUCUUCCGCCAGAUCAUUUCGGCACUGGACUUCUGCCAUAACCAUUCUAUCUGUCACAGGGACCUGAAGCCAGAGAACCUCCUGCUUGAUGAAAAAAACAACAUUCGCAUUGCAGACUUUGGCAUGGCAUCUCUGCAGGUGGGGGACAGUCUGUUAGAGACCAGUUGUGGAUCUCCUCACUAUGCAUGUCCGGAGGUCAUCAGGGGGGAGAAGUACGAUGGCAGGAAGGCUGAUGUUUGGAGCUGUGGGGUGAUCCUGUUUGCCUUGCUUGUGGGCGCGCUGCCAUUUGACCACGACAACCUGCGUCAGCUCCUGGAGAAGGUGAAGAGUGGGCUGUUCCACAUGCCCCAUUUUAUUCCCCCUGACUGUCAGGCGCUGCUCAAAGGCAUGAUAGAGGUCAACGCAGAGAAGCGGCUCACGUUAGAAGCAAUACAGAAACACGCCUGGUACCUGGGGGGCCGUAAUGAGCCAUGCCCCGAGCAGCCGCCCCCCAGGCGCGUGUGUAUACGGCGCAUCACGUCACUGACGGAGCUGGACCCCGACGUGCUGGAGAGCAUGCACUCCCUGGGCUGCUUCCGUGACCGCGUCAAGCUGGCCCGCGACCUGCAGUGUGAUGAAGAUAACCAGGAGAAAAUGAUCUACUACCUCCUACUGGACCGUAAGGAGAGGUAUCCCAGCUGUGAGGAUGAGGACCUCCCCCCGAGGAAUGACAUAGAUCCCCCCCGGAAGCGAGUGGACUCACCCAUGCUGUCCCGGCAUGGUCGCUGCUGGCCUGAGAGGAAGAGCCUGGAGGUGCUAAGCGUAACGGAGCAGGGCAGCCCCACAGCGCCGCGCCGGGCACUCGACUCCGCCGCGCACAGCCAGAGGUCUCGCUCUGUCAGCGGCGCCUCCACUGGCCUGUCCUGCAGCCCCCUCAGCAGCCCGCGGAGCCCAGUUUUCACUUUCAGCCAAUCAGACGUCACAUCUGCCACCACCAUUCAGAAUAAGGACUUCAAACCAGGAAAUGGCACCACCCCCAGGGUCUCCCAGCGCAUGCCUGACCAAAAAACCCAUACUUUACCUUCCAAGACCCCCUCUGAUCGCCCUCCCCUCCAAUCCAUGAAAUCUCUUCCUCUUCAGACACCACCCUCCUGCUCGCCCUCCCCACUCCUCUCCCCCAUCCCUCGCUUUUUCUUCUUCCCUGCUCCCUCCGUCCUUAAGGCUGUCUAUCCUAACCCUCUGCCGCAGGUCACACCGCAGGCCUCUCCGCUCCCUACCCCGCUCGGCACCCCUGUGCACCACCCCCAGCACCCUCCCCACACCCCGCCCUCUUCUUCCUCCUCCUCCUCCUCUUCACGGGCUGAGGGAGGCGGAGUGGGUUGCGGCUCCCUGUCCCUCACCCCACCCUCCAGUCCGGGGGGCAGUGGGGGCGUGGCUGUUAGCUCCUCUGCCCACUGGAGAACCCGACUCAACUCGUUCAAGAACAAUCUGCUGGGCUCACCUCGAUUCCACCGCCGCAAGUUGCAGGUACCGACCUCAGAGGACAUGUCCAGCCUGACUCCGGAGUCCAGCCCGGAGCUAGCCAAGAAAUCCUGGUUUGGGAACUUUAUCAGCCUGGAGAAGGAGGAGCAGAUCUUCAUGGUGAUCCGAGACAAGCCCUUGAGCUCCAUCAAGGCUGACAUUGUCCACGCCUUUCUCUCCAUCCCAUCCCUCAGUCACAGUGUCGUCUCCCAGACCAGUUUCAGGGCUGAGCACAAGGCUGCGGGGGGGCCUUCUGUCUUCCAAAAGCCCAUCAAGUUCCACGUGGACAUCGCCGUCUCGGAGCGUGAGAGGGAGCGAGAGAGGGAGAGAGCAGACAGGGAGGGCAGGAGGCGAACAGGCAUCUUCAGCGUCACUUUCACCCUCAUAUCGGGUCCCAGUCGCCGGUUCAAAAGAGUGGUGGAGACGAUUCAGGCCCAGCUCCUCAGCACUCACGACCAGCCCGCUGUACAAGCACUCGUCGACGAGAAGAACGGGCAGCUCACCCCCAGGUCCCCUGGGACCCCCACACGGCGCUGGGACAGCGGGGCCGAGCGGGCAGAGCGUGGGGAGCGCAGUGAUGGGGGAAGUGCGUUGCAGCGCCGGGGCUCCAGCAGAGACAAGGCUAGACUGCUCUCCACCAAUGGAACCCAGUCUCAGCCCUGAGCAGGAGACCCCACGGUCGCCCCCAGUGGCCGAAGGUCAUCACUGCAGUCCGACCAGAAAUGCCAACGAGAUCAAAGAAAAGGGCAAAUUGAUCUCCUGUUAAAGAGAACCUGGCAAACAAUCUUCGUCCAACUGGUGGUAAAGCCUCAAUAAAAGAUCAACAUAAAGCUUUUGGUAUCAGCAGAAUUCCUCCAUUUUUUUUUUCCCUGUUUUUCAACAUGCAUAUGCAGAGAAAAGAAGGCAAGGAGAUGUCAGAUUGAACCCUGAAACGUGAGACUGUGUGCCCUUGUGUGCCCCUCUUUGGACACGACAGCAGUGACACGCCAGUCCAUCAGCAUAGUGAAAUGUAUGUUGGUACUGAUAUCACUGACACGAAAUCAUCAGCUGUAGAAUUUUUGAGUGUUUUUUUUUCUUUGCCAUUUAUUGAUCAUCUUGGUAUAUCAGAGACUCCCCCAGUGAUGAGAGGGGCUGGACAUGAAUCUGUGCUGUCAGUGACUGAGGUUCGGGGAAGGUGAAUCCCCCCCCACCCCAACCAUAUUGGACCAAAAAAGCGAAGUCUUUCAGGACAGAUGAUUUGAAUGAGCAGGAAUAUGGCACCUUUUCCCAUCAAACCAUUGGCUGCUUAAGCUCUCUUCAGUAUGAGUACUGAAGCAAUGUUGUCUUCAGUCAGACAUUAUGCAAAUAAAAGAAGGGGAGCUGGACCAGAGCAGCCUGGAGGACAUUGUGACCUGCAGAGAGAGAGGGGACAGGGACACAUGUGACAGAGGGACCUGCAGGGACGAGUGUGACAGAGGGAAGUGCAGGGACGAGUGUGACAGCAUGACCUGCAUGGAUGAGUGUGAUAGAGGGUGACAGGGGGACCUGCAGGAACACGUGUGACAGAUGGUCAUCAAUGCAGAGCACAAGUAAAACAUUUUAGCAAGACAAUGACACAAGAUGUGAAGCGACUGCGACACAUCCAUCUAUCUAUCCAUCCAUCCAUCCAUCCAUUUGUGGAGGAGGGGCUUCACAGCUCCAGGCAGAUUGGGGAAAGGGGGUGGGGCCACACCGAGCGUGUGAGUCAAGAGUGUGUGGGAAUGGGGCUCUGGGGCAGGUGGCCAGAUCCAGUGGCUCCUGGCAGGCAGGAGACUUACUGAAAUGCUGCACUUCUAGCUACUGCCUCUGUUCUGACUUUUGGGGGCAUUUACAGCUAAAUGUGAAAAUACAGAACAGGGACAGAUUGAGAAAACCUUCAGUGAAGCUACAAAAAAAAACAACAAAAAAAAGGAUGAGUUAAAGGCUAAGGAAGAAUCUGGGGGCUCCAGCAUCCAAGGGGAGGACCCUGGGCUCAAGUGGCAGUGGGGGGAGGAGUCUGAGAUCCAGCAGCAGAGAGGAGAGGAGCCUGGGAUCCAAGGACAGCAAGGGGAGGAGCCUUGGGCCUAAGGGCUACACUGUCAGCAGUGACGUUUGUCCCCCCUCCCCGUCACACUGCCGGACAGAGUGACGCGUUGGGGCGCUGCAGGGAUGGUACAGUCAGAACAGCCAUCCACAUGCUGCUGUACCAAAAAACAUUGCUAGGGUUGCCAUGGUGAUUGUACCUUUACAGGGAACCUUUCAUGUCAGGUUAAAUUUGCCCCACCUGUAUAUUUAUCAUUGCCUCCCUGCUAAGGACCCUAUUGCUCUGACUCUGCUUGGUGGUGGUUCUAGAGGCCCCCCCACCUCGUAUACCUGCAAUGCUGUGAAGGUGGGCCCCCGGCCCCUGUUACUUUUCCACACUAAAUAUACCUCAGUUAUUUCCCUUUAUAACCUCAGCCUGUAUGUCCCUAGAUUCUCUGCCGUUCCCUCCGUCAUUAUCGAGAGCGUAGAUUUGGGUAUGGAUGGUCGGGACGUCACCCUACCAAUAUCGUGGGAGUACUGUGUGUGUUAAGGCAGGUGAUUUGGUCCCUACCAACGCUGGAACCAAACCUACGCCCUUUCUUCUUUAUUAACUUUGCGUUAUCAUUAUUAUUAUAGAACAUAAAGUCUGCAGUUGUACUCCCCCAUGCACUGUAGGACAAGUUUUCAGUCUAAAAGGAAAAAUUGGAAUCACAAAAAAGAUUCAAAGAAUAAUGUCUAUAUUUUAAAAUGGAAGUGUGCACUAUCAUUGCAAUUAUUGCCUGUGAGAAUAAAUCAAUAAUGACAAUUGCUGUCAAAAUAUGAGCUUAUUAUUAUAAUUAUAAUAAUAAACUUUGGCGAGGUGUUU